ACUAAUCGAGAGCUCAGCAAAGCAAAUGCAACAAAUUAGUUUGUUUCCAGCUCUUACAUAACGCGGUUAUAGAACUAUUUGAGCUCAAAAAGACUCAUUAAAAACCUAAAAAGCAAGUUUAAGAAAGAUUCAACAUGAAUUUUCUGGAGUUGCCAUUCGAGAGGCCUCUCACACCGCCACCUUCGUAUCAGGAGGCCAUGGGCUGGGUGCCACCGCCAUCGACAAUGGGAAGUACCGCGACGCUCAUACCGCAAGAUGCCACAGCCCGAAUCUCGGUGUCCAUGAUCUGUCCGUUGUGCCAAGAGGAGAUUGAGACCACCACAGUAAUCCGGCGCGGAAGGAUUGCCUACGUAGCCUCGGCCUUAGUUAUCUUUACCACGUUCGGGCUGGGAUGUUGGCUCGUCCCUUGUAUCAUGAAAAGCUUCAAUGAGGUCCACCACUCCUGUCCCAGCUGCAAGGAGAGCCUGGGGAAUGUUUCUCUAUAGGAUUAGUGAUCGAGAAAAGUGAUAACUUUGCUUUGCAUUUAUUUAUAUAGACUCCACUGGAUUCGCUUUACCCGCUCAGCUGUGCUUAAUUUUAUAUUGUAACUUUAGCUAAGAGUACUUAAGAAUAAAAUGUGUUAGUAGUAUUAUAAAAAUAUAUAUAUAAAGUACAAUACAACGUUGAUACUAAGAAAUUUGUAA